GAGCCAAUGAAGUGCGAGUCCAUCACUGUUGGAGAUCCACGGAAGACCGCCGAGCUCGAGUGGAAUCUCCUUCGCUGGAAUCACAAUGGGAUGAAGUAUAAUCCAUUGAAACCAUACUCUGGCCUCAGCUUCCUCCAGCCGCCAUUGCGAGGAGGACGCACGAGUGUGAAUAUCGAUGACUUUCCCAUCGUUGUGUGGCAUCUGCCCGCAAGCAUGCCAUCCAAGUCUCCGCUCCGGUUCAAGCUUCGUCUCGAGGCCGAGAUGCAUUUCGUCUGGUACACGAGAAGCAACUGCAUCUACCGCGAAGCCAAUUGUACCAGCGAGAGAGUUGAAUUUUCUCGACAGUUUGUUGUCACAGACGGUGAGUGACAAGUCCGACUGUC